AUGACAGGUUUUGUGACAUCAAAGAAAGCGUGCUGCGGCCAAGGACCCUACAAUGGGGCAGGACUUUGCACCACUUUAUCGAAUCUCUGCCCAAACAGAAAUAUUUAUGUUUUUUGGGACGCUUUUCAUCCGACAGAACGGGCAAAUAAGAUUAUUGUCAAAACUAUAUUUACUGGGUCUCACAAGUACAUGAAUCCGAUGAAUCUAAGCACCAUCAUGGCAUUGGACUCGAUGACCUAGAAUUAGGCAUUUGAAAGUAAUGUUUCAAUUCAAAUAUAGGUAUGCAUAAGUGUAUCUUGGUCAAUUAGACUUUGAAGGUAAUAGUGUGCUCAAUAAGCUAAGGUAAUUUGUUUAUGGAAAGUAGUGUUAUGCGUUUGGCUGCUUUUUCUUUUUUUUUUUGAAGCUCGUAAGUUGUGUAUUUGUUCACCAUGGGGUAAGUGCAUGUUUUGUCAUUUCUAUAAUAAAGAAAUAUCAUUUUUAGAAUGUUAUAUUCAUUCAAUUGUCUUUUUUUUUCAGUAAAGGGAGAAAAA